CGUUGAUUUAACUACAGGUUAUAGUCAAAGGUUAUUUUAGAAAGCCUAAAUAGGCCACAAGUUUUGACCAAUGGAAAAGGAAGAACAUUUGCUUUCAGCCAAUGAUGAUGCAGCUUAUUGAGAAUGUUGACGCACCAGCGAUGAGAAAAAGCAACUAUGCGUCUUUUAUUCAGAAAAAACAUACGUUUUGUUUUUAUACACAAAAGCAAAAAUAGCCGGCCUCGUCAAACCAUCCCACGACGUUUAAUCGCAUUAAAGCAUUGAAAGGGAAACAUUUUGCUGGAUACUGCAAACAUGAAGAGGAAAAUAAUUUCACCCCAGCAGUCAAAAGUAAAGGAUGUCAUAAUCACAAAAACACAGCCGACACAAGAGACAAUGACAUCUCCAGGCCCAGUGGACAGUGAUUCUUCACAAGAGAAAAGGCAUCUAAGAAUAUCACAAAGUGAUAGCUGCUUCUUAAAGUUCUUGAAUGAAGACCGCCAGAAGAUGCCAUCAUUCUGUGACACAACUGUCACGGUCAGUGGAAUGAUGUAUAAUGCCCACAAGGUGGUUUUGGCUUUUGGCAGUAACUAUUUUCAUGCCAGAUUUAGCGAAAAUCCUGAAAUGCACCAAGUUACCAUUGAUAACAUAGAAGGAUCCAUUUUUGGGCACUUGCUUAACUUUCUAUACACUUCUGAAUUUGAGGUUGUGGAAAACCAGAUCCCUGCUUUGGCUGAGGCCGCCUGCUUUCUGGAUAUAAUAGAAGCUGUAAAUCUUUUAGCAAAGUGGGGGACACCAGCUCAUGUUUAUGAAGAAAGUGACGUCCAGCAGGUUCCACAGAAGACCACAGAUGUUCAAAAAGAUGUCCAAAGUUCAGUCGGUGCGCAGUGCUCCUUUUGCAGUCGCUCUUUCUGCUACAGAAAGUCUUUGGAGAAUCACCUGGCCAAGAGACAUAGUGCUGAGGAAGAUCAAAAUACGGUGAUCACUACCCGAAGAUCUUCCCAUCAAAGAAAGACACCGGUUAAAUUUGAGAACCAGGAAAAUGAAAAUAGUCACAUGCUGCAAGAAAAACCCAGUGAAAAAACAACAAAGGAUGAUGCAGCCACUUUUGAGGAGGAGGAGGAAGAGGAUGAUGAAAGUGAAGAAGAGCCGCCACAAAAUGAGCAGGGAGAACAAAGCAGUAAGGAAGUCCAAGAAGAACCAUCAGCCUUGGAAAUCGAGGAUGCAGAGUGUGAAGAUGCAAGUGAGAAGCAAGGGGAGGAACCAACGGCUGAACUCAGCAAGACUGUGGACCAAGUUGAUCCCCAAAAGGAGGCAGAACCAGGAUUCAGCAAUCCUGUUGAGAACCAAGGUCAAGUGACCGAAACCACCAGUCACGUGUUUCCAGAAGGACUGGCUCCUGUCAUGAUCGAGAGCGCUAAUAAAAAGACUCUUAAGUGUCCCAAAUGUGACAAGACCUUUGAUCGCAUAGGUAAAUAUGAAAGUCACACCAGAGUGCACACUGGAGAAAAGCCUUUCCAGUGUGACAUCUGUUUUCAGUGCUACUCCACCAAAUCAAACCUCACUGUACACAAGAAGAAACACGAAGGUGAUGCGCCCGUCCAGAAAAAAGACCACAAAUGUCCCUUCUGCAACAAGCUUCAUGCCAGCAGGAAGACUCUCGGCAGACAUGUGAAAAGAUUUCAUCCUGACCACCUGCAGGACUUUCUUACUCAAAAGAAGAAGAAAAGUGAAGGCUGGAAAUGUGAUAUCUGCCACAAGUCUUUCACUCGUCGCCCCCAUCUGGAGGAACACAUGAUUUUACAUUCACAGGACAAGCCUUUCAAGUGUGCCUACUGUGAUGACUACUUUAAGUCACGGUUUGCUCGCUUGAAACACCAAGAAAAGUUUCAUUUAGGGCCCUUCCCUUGUGAGAUCUGUGGUCGACAGUUUAAUGACACUGGCAACCGUAAACGUCACAUUGAGUGUACACAUGGUGGGAAGAGAAAGUGGACCUGCUAUCUAUGUGGCAAAUCAGUUCGGGAGAGGACAACUCUUAGAGAGCAUAUGAGGAUCCACAGUGGGGAGAAACCUCACCUGUGCAGCAUCUGUGGACAGAGCUUUCGUCAUGGGAGCUCCUACAGGCUACAUCUUCGAGUUCACCAUGAUGACAAGCGGUAUGAAUGUGACGAAUGCGGCAAGUCUUUCAUUCGCCAUGAUCAUUUAAAGAAACACAAAAAAAUUCACACAGAGGAGAGGGCCCAUCAAUGUGAGGAAUGUGGAAAAUGUUUCCGCCGUGCCGAUCACUUGACCGUCCAUUAUAAAAGUAUUCACCUGGGAGAAAAGAUCUGGAGAAGGUACAAAGCAGUAGUGCAUCAGUGUCAGGUAUGCAAGAAAGAGUUCAGGGGCAAGACCAACCUCAUGUCGCAUUUAAGAACGCAUUCAGGUGAGAAACCCCAUCGCUGCAUGAUCUGUAAUCAGACCUUCCGCAUCAAGAAGACUUUGACCAAACACAUGGUCAUCCACUCAGACGUACGCCCAUUUAACUGCCCACACUGCAGUGCCACCUUCAAGCGCAAGGACAAGCUCAAGUACCAUGUAGACCAUGUGCACAGCGCCCGCAUGCUAGACCAGCAGCAACAAAACCUGACUCCAGCCUCUCCUAGCAAACUGCCCGAGCCCCUGCCACCAAACGAAACACCCAAAGCGUACCACAACACGGCUAAGACUGUGCUGCAGAGUGUAUCGGUUGAUGUGUGUGUUCCUGUAACGCUGGUUCCUGUGCAGAUGACCGAAGUAGCUGAUCUGGCAGUGCACGGGGCGCCACAUGGUGUUCUUUCAGCUGUGAGCCAGCAGCAGCAGACUGGAUACCAGCCAGCCACAGAUUUAGUUUUCUUAGAAAAGUACACACUGACACCUCAGCCGACUAAUAUAGUGCACCCAGUGAGGCCGGAUCAGAUGCUGGACCACAGAGAGCAAUCAUACUUGGGCACCCUACUGGGUCUGGACUCGGCCACAUCUGUGCAAAACAUGGCUAAUGCUGAGCACACCCAUUAAUGGAGCUAGUGUCACACAUCAGUGCUAACACAUUAACUUUUUAUUCGUUUCUUAUUUAUAUUUACUUACAUCUACUUCGGCAGCAGUUUAUGAGGUAUUUUAAAGGAGCAGUUCACCCUAAAAUGAAAACUUGUGUUGUUUUUAUGUACCUCCAUGUUGUUCUUGACUGUUCAAACACACUUAAAACUUGCAGCUAUUGUCCAUAAAAUGACUUUAUUUUGACCACAUCUGUCAAGCUCUAAAGAGCAUAAAACAGCAUGAAAGUGGGCUAUAUAAACUGUUAUUUUGUGUUCUUAAGGCAUAUAAUACUUUAAAGGAAAACACCACCGUUUUUCAAUAUUUUAUUUUACUAUGUUCUUACCUCAACUUAGAUAAAUUAAUACAUACCUGUUAUUUUUCAGUACGUGCACGUAAUCUUUGUACAGCUCGUGAAUGUGUUAGCAUUUAGCCUAGCCCCAUUCAUUCCUUAGGAUCCAAACAGGGAUGAAUUUAGAAGCCACCAAAUACUCCCAUGUUUUCCUUAUUUAAAGACUGUUACAUGAGUAGUUACACGUGUAAGUAUGGAGGCACAAAAUAAAACAUGGCGAUUUUUUAAGUGAAUAAAAAAUGAGAAGAGCACUUAGUUUGCAGCACUUUGACCUCGGCGUGCAGCAACAUCAUCACUACUGUCUACUUCCACUCUCGCUCAAACUUCAUCAAUAUUACGGCACCCGAGGUCGAAUGCUAACACAUUCGCGUAGCGUUGUACAAAGAUUAAGAAUACGCAUUGAUAAAAGAUAGGUAUGUAUUCGUCUCAGAACAAAGUAAAAUAUUGAAAAAUGGUGGUGCUUUCCUUAAAUGGAAUAAAAAACAAGAAAAAAAUAUUUGCUGGUUAGUUUUAACUCUUGGUAAAAUGACAAAAAUAAAGAUUCUGUCAUUAUUUUUCACCCCCAUAUUGUGAAUCUGAAGUCAACAGAAUUUUUAAUUUUAUUUAAAUUAUUAAAUGUCUAAGGUAAAGAUGCUAUCAUCAACAAUGCGACAUUGGACUGAAUGAAUUUUAAGCUACGGUCUGCCUUGUCCUAACUAUCAUUUUGUGUUCCUAAUACCUAAAAGAUGGAAAUAUGUGCAGUGCUGGUUUACAAAUGUUUAAUUUUUAUUUGUCUCAAAUAAUCUACAACCCAAAUUUAUCCCCUCCCUUUUGCUUGUGUCCCUGUAAAUAAAACUGAAUGGAAAGCUA